AUGUUUGAGGAGAAAGUCCUGGUCGGUGUUGCAUCACUUGCCUCAACUAUUGCUGUGAUAACUUGUCUGGUAGUGAUCCCAUCACUAUACAGCACUAUCAAUGAAGUCCAUGAAGAGGUACUUGAUGGAGUGAAAGUUUUCCGUGUUGAAACCGACGCUGCUUGGGUUGAGAUGCUUGAUGUUCAAGUUAUGGUUUCCCCUCCAUCCAAACCAAGAGAGAAUCCAUUCAAUUCUGUAUUCCGACAAAAACGGCAAACAUUCUCUGAACUUCCAUCCUGGUGCCAAUGCGAGCCAGCUAAACCACGUUGCCCACCAGGACCACCAGGACCACCCGGGCGCCCAGGACAACGUGGAACUCCAGGAUCACCAGGACCGCGUGGACAAGACAAUCAUCAAGUUCAUGCUCCAAUCCACUGCCCACAAAGACAACCAGGUUGCGUAAAGUGUCCACGUGGACCAGCAGGACCAUCGGGACCAUCGGGGCAACCUGGGAGACCUGGACCAGAUGGACGUCCAGGCCAACCAGGAAGAAAAGGAAACAAUGGAAGACCAGGACAACCAGGACCACAAGGGAACGCUGGACAACCAGGAAGAGAUGGAGGACUAGGACAACCAGGACAUCCAGGAAAAGACGGAAGAAAAGGACGAGGACUCCCAGGACCAGCUGGAAGACCAGGACAACCAGGAAAGCAAGGAGGACCAGGACAGCAAGGACGAAAUGGAGAGAGAGGGCAAGAUGGACAACCAGGCCCAGGAGGGAGACCAGGUCAACCAGGAAAUAGAGGAUCAGAUGGACAUUCAGGAACUUCUGGAGGACGUGGACUGCCAGGUCCAGAUGCCGCCUACUGUGCUUGCCCACCAAGAUCUUCAGUUUUCGUCAAGGCUAAACAUUAA